UCGUAUACACGUUGCAAACGUGACAGACAGGAAAUGUUAAGCAGCACUUCGUCUACACAAAGCUUCUUUAAUAACAGCACGCGUCAUAAAACUCUAUGUAAAUUUCACCCGAGGCCCGGUACCAUGAUACAUGUGAUUCUGUAGCGAGUCAACGGGUCAGGUGAUGAACUUCUAACCCAGAGGGCCACAUCAAACGGCGGCGUGGCUAUGGGCAUGGCGCACCCAGGUUAUAUCUCGAGCUUGGAUUUCCUUUGUACUGUAUAUACUCUGUAAUAUAUCAUCAUGCACCUGGUGCUCUAUGUUCGCCUACCGCUCUAUUAUAUCAUUGCGAUUGCAGAGAAUGAAUAGGUGUACGUGAUUGUUCAAGAACCGUACAACAAGGAAAUCCUAUUUUUAUUUUAUCAUUUACAUUGUGAAGAGGUACUCUUAUUUGUGGUAUAAAAUGCUACCUGAAAUACUUACUCAUUAAAUUCAUUUGAUACACAUUGGCGACAAUUAUAUGCUCAUGGCAUGAAACAAAGAGCAAAACUGUUGAGUUUACUGCAAACUGAUGUAAUAAAUUGGCAAAAUGAACAGAACGAGACAAAAGUUUACACAGUAAACAAAAACAAGAUAUAAAAGAUGUUAAUGAAAUUCAUAAAUAUAAUUCAGUGAAGUUUGUGUUUACCUUCUGAUGGCUGGCUUGCGAUAGUAAAAGCUUGGUGAUGCAAAAGGCGAGUUUAUUAUUACAAGACUUUGUUUUGUAACAUAUUGAUAAAACGAUUUCAGUAAUGUCGCAGAAAUAUUAAAACGCGAGACGAAAGAGUUUACCCAGUCAACAAAUGGAUGGACACUACGUUAAAAACGUCUUAAGUAUUGAUUGCUGUUUGUAAGAAGGAGCGAGGAAGACUGCAGAGUUAAAGCGAAAUCAUACUAACAACUAACUGAAUCUGGCAAGACAUAAUAAAUAAUUAAAGUUUUUUUUCCUUCGGGUUUUUUUUCUUUUAAAUAAUAUAUAUACGAGAACCGGUGCGUAAGUGGAACGUAUGCAUGUUUUGUAUUUUUUGUUAUUUAACCGAUUUAAUUAAUUGGCAGAAAGAACACAACGAGACAAAGGUUGUUUACACAGUAAACAAACUUACUAAAUGUUAAUGAAAUGUCAAGUAUAAUUUCGCUUUAACUCUGCAGUCCUCCUCCCUCCUUCUUACAAACAGCAAUCGAUACUUUAAGACGUUUUUAACGUAGUGUCCAUCCAUUUGAUUACUGGGUAAACUCUUUCGUCUCGCGUUUUAAUAUUUCUGCGACAUUACUGAAAUCGUUUUAUCAGUAUGUUACAAAACCAAGUCUUGUAAUAACUCACCUUUUGCAUCACCAGGCUUUUACUAUCGCAAGCCAGCCAUCGGAAGGUAAACAAACUUCACUGAAUUAUAUUUAUGACAUUUCAUUAACAUCUUGUAUAUCUUGUUUUUGUUUACUGUGUAAACUUUUGUCUCGUUCUGUUCAUUUUGCCAACUUAUUACAUCAUAAUCAUUACAUCAUAUAAUUGUCGUCAAUGUGUGUCAAAUGAAUUUCAUGAGUAUUUCAGGUAGCAUUUUAUACCACAAAUAAGAGUACAUCUUCACAAUGUAAAAGAUAAAAUAAAAAUAUGAUUUCCUUGUUGUACGGUUCUUGAACAAUCACCUACACUUAUUCAUUAUCUGCAAUCGCAAUGAUAUAAUAGAGCGGUAGGCGAACAUAGAGCACCAGGUGCAUGAUGAUAUAUUACAGAGUAUAUAACAGUACAAAGGAAAUCCAAGCUCGAGAUAUAACCUGGGUGCGCCAUGCCCAUAGCCACGCCCCUCUAUAACUUGCAUAAUCCAAAGAAAGCUGGUUUGACGUGGCCCUCUGGGUUAGAAGUUCACCUGACCCGUUGACUCACUCUACAGAAUCACAUCUACGAUGAUACCGUGCCUCGGGUGACAUUUACAUUAUUGAGUCAUGACGCUUGCUGUUAUUAAAACAGUGAACGCUUCUUCGUCUCUGCACAAAGUGCUGCUUAUCAUUUCCUGUCUGUCACGUGUGCAACGUGUAUGUACGAGGAACAAAGUGCAAAUAGAAAUUGAAGAUGGGCCAAGCUAACUGCAUAUUGUACUAGAUUCUUUAUGCUAAGUAUACAUGUUUUUGUUUUCGUUCUACUAUGCUGCAUCCUUGCAAUUAAAGACAUGCAUGAUGUUCUUACUUGAUCACUAUACAUACUCGUAUAUCUAAUUGAUAUUACAUGAUGUAUGAAACUGCAUUAAUCAUUGUACAUUUUAUAUAAUUCAAGAAAGAUUAAUGCGAUGUAUCAAAUAAGGGUAGGUUAAGAUUACGCGCCUACCUACGGCAGAACAAUAAAUCAGUCUUGAAUAUACUCGCGUGCUGUGUUAUUUGACUCCCAUAUAUUAAUUCCCAGUACAUAACAUUGGCUAACGAGGAUGUCGAAAACACUACCUUUUAACAUUAGAGAAUUUAAUUUACGUCCGGGAAAGUGGAAUACAUACAUUAGUCAGUUAACGGCAUGGUUUGAUAUAACCAACGUAAAACCGGACGCUCGGGCGCAGUACUUUAUCGCGGUGGUCGGGACUGAAACUUUGGAUUGAAUAAUAGAUUUGUGCUAUCCAUCGGAGCCGGAUAAAGGUGACAAAAGUGCGCGAACAUUUAUCACCGAAACGAUCCGAGCUGGCAGAGCGUAUGAUAUUUCGGGCAUGUAAGCAAACUACUGACCAGUCAAUUAAUGAGUACGUGGCGCAACUCUAGCAGCUUGCUCAAAAAUGCAAUUUCUCCGGUUCUACGUACUUAGAAGAGAACCUACGUGAUCAGCUGGCAUACGGAUUGAGAAGUGAUGCGAUACGUUUCAAGCUGUUAACUGAGGAUAAAUUAACAUUCAGCCGCGCAGUGGAAAUAGCGACGUCGUUAGAGGCGGCGGAUCGAGACUCGAAAGCGAGCGGACCCAGCAGUGGCGCUGGGAGCGCGACAUCGGCGCCGAUGUCGACGCGAGAAGAGGACGUGCACGCGGUGCGCGUUGGCGGCGGCGGCGGCGCGCGCGCGCCCCCGCGUCGCAGGCAGCCGGCGGCGGCACCGCGCGCGCGCUGUCCGCGGUGCUUGGGCACGCACCAUCCGAGGAGCUGCUCAUUCAUGAACACGGAGUGCUACCUGGCUCGAGAGUUCCCGCAGGUGUUCGCGCAGGGAACUGGCAAGUUCACAGGUAAGCCCAUACAACUAAAAGUGGCCAGUGACGCGCGGCCCGUGUUCUGCAAGCCGCGGGCCGUGCCGCACGCGCUGCGCGCCGCAGUGGAGGCCGAGCUGGAGCGCCUGCAGGCGGACGGGGUCAUCUCGCCGGUGGAGACUAGCGAGUGAGGGACGCCCGUCGUGCCCGUUAUCAAACAAUCAGGUGAGGUAAGACUAUGCGGGGAUUUUAAAGUAACACUAAACCCGGUAUUAGAGGAUGACAAAUACCCGAUACCUCGUAUCGAUGAAAUAUUCUCUAAUUUGCAAGGAGGACAACUUUUCAGUAAAAUAGAUUUGAGUCAUGCUUAUCAGCAAUUACCGCUUACAGAAGAAUCUAAACAGCUGUGCGUAAUCGUGACUCAUAAGGGUAACUUUUGUUACAAUAGAUUACCGUUCGGUAUUAAGUGUAAUAUGAGUAAAUUUCAGCGCGUCCUGGAUAGCCUAUUCAAGAAUAUGAACCUUAUUGCAGUGUAUUGCGAUGAUAUUUUGGUCACGGGAGUUAACGAGGAUGAUCAUUACAAACGCCUGAUAUCGGUAUUCAAAAUAUUGUCUGAGGCAGGAUCAAGAGUUGCACAAAAUAAAUGCAUUUUUUUCCAAAAAUCGGUGACAGACGAGCAAAAUAGAUGCCGUUCAGGCAGCCCCAGUACCAGACACCGUAUCGCGUUUAAAGGCAUUCUUAGGCUUGGUCAAUUAUUAUGCCAAAUUCAUACCUAAUAUAAGUACCGUUUUACACCCGCUUUACGAGCUACUAAAAAAACAUAACAAGUUUUUGUGGUCUCGGGAAUGCAACGAAGCAUUCAUGAAAAUGAAACAAAUGUUAGCCGCAAAACCGAUGUUAAUGCAUUAUAAACCUGAUGCACCUCUAUGGCUCUAUUGUGACGCAUCUCCGUAUGGGUUGGGGGCGGCGCUGGUGCAGCGGGGCGAAGGGGGUGAUCUGCCAGUGGCGCACGCCUCGCGGGCGCUCAACCGCCUGAACGAAAUUAUGCACAAAUAUGUCGUGAGGGUCUUGCAAUCAUUUUUGGCGUUCAAAAAUUUCAUCACUACCUUUUUGGUAGACGGUUUACCUUAGUUACGGACUGUAAACCGUUAGCGCACAUUUUAAGCCAGCAUAAAAGUAUACCGCAAAUGGUAGCGGGACGAUUGCAGCGGUGGGCGGUAAUUUUAAGCGGGUACGACUAUGAGAUAGCUUGCGUUAAAUCGGAACAAAACUGUUUAGCAGUUAAUUUGUCACGCCUACCGUUAGACAUUAUAAAAGACGAAAAAAAAGUAGGGUAUUAUGCGAAUUUUUGAAUUUUAUCGAUGACGGUAUAUCGAUUAAUCAUCGCGAUAUUGCAAAAGGCCCGGACACCGGAAGGAUUGACAGAUUAACAGCUCUUUCUUGAUUCGGUGGGUGGUGGUGCAAGCCCGUUCUUAGUUGGUGGAGCGAUUUGUCUGGUUAAUUCCGGUAACGAACGAGACUCUAGCCUGCUAAAUAGGCGUCGUCAUUUAGGUGCGCGCGGCCGUUCGCGGUCGCGCAACUCACUGGCGACGUAUUAAAAUUCUUCUUAGAGGGACCGACGGUUUCGAGCCGCAUGAGAUUGAGCAAUAACAGGUCUGUGAUGCCCUUAGAUGUCCUGGGCCGCACGCGUGCUACACUGAAGGAAUCAGCAUGUUCUCCUUGGCCUAGAGGCCCGGGCAACCCGUUGAAACUCCUUCGUGCUGGGGAUUGGGGUUUGCAAUUAUCCCCCAUAAACGAGGAAUUCCCAGUAAGCGCGAGUCAUAAGCUCGCGUUGAUUACGUCCCUGCCCUUUGUACACACCGCCCGUCGCUACUACCGAUUGAAUGAUUUAGUGAGGUCUUCGGACCGACACGCGGUGGCUU